UUUUUUUGUAUUUUUAGUAGAGACGGGGUUUCACCGUGUUAGCCAGGAUGGUCUUGAUCUCCUGACCUCAUGAUCCGCCCGCCUCGGCCUCCCAAAGUGCAGGAUUACAGGCGUGAGCCACCAUGCCUGGCCCGAUUGUCCCAUUCUUAACGUCACUGUGAGUCUGGGUAGUGAAAAGCAAAGAAACAACAAAGGUAACUAAGAUAAAAUGUUAAAGUGGUACAAGCAAGUUGAAUCAACAUAAUGUUUUGUCUUUUUCACAGUAGAUGUAACAGGCUCUUCAGUCGGGCCCUCUUCUCCUGCUUAUUCCUUGGCAAAGAGCUUCUAAGAUCCUCUUCUAGCACCCUGGGCCCUCAGGAAGUAAAAGCCACCUUUUUCCAGCCACUAGGGAGGAACAAGGGCUGGUGCUUCCCAGUCUGCCCAGGGAGUGACUCUUUACCCAACACAUGGAAGCUACCUGGAUGCUGAGUGAAGAUAAAUAGUGCUGUCUCCUUGGGUCAUUUACUUCCAAGCAAGGCCCAUGUUGAUUUUGCCUCUCCCCAUACUAACCUGUUCAGUGAUGUACAGCUGAGGACCAUCUGCAUGACGGAGGGUGUAAUAGUCUGGGUUUGGCAAUGACCACCUACGCAAGAGAAAAACAGUAUAUCCCACUUGGCCACUCUCUUGUCCAGAAGCUUCUCAUAAGUCAUUUUCAAUAGAGUUGCUCAAGGGAUCAGGUGGCCUAUUUGGAAUACAGUGGAAAAAAACAAAGCUUUAGGUUGUUAUGUUGAAAAAAUCACAGCCUCAGCCUUUUGUAAAGACAAGCACCACAAAAGGAAGUGUGCAGAACUGAGGAGGGGUCUCAGAUCCUACCACAACUUCAAGCAGGGCAAUGCUAGACUUACAGGAAAAAAUUAAGAAGUAUAAACGUCUUAUGGGUAUUGCUGUCAACUGUACUUCCUUCCCAAGACAGUGAUUCCCAAGAGCCCCUUUCUGGGGACCUGCCUAACUGGAGAUCCUUCCCAGAACUCCCCUCAAGGUGUGGCAGUGCUCCUUCAGUCAGAGCUGCCACUGUCAAAAACAAGGUCCAUUUCAACCUACCCAUCACAAACUUCCUUGAUAAUGGAUGCCAGUGGCCAUUUCUGAAAAAGAAAGAGCCUUCAAUAGCAGCAACAUCCUACCCAAGCCAAGGUUCAGACAAGGGAGCCUGCCAAGGAGGGUCAAGCCGGGGCAUGAGAAUGUACUUCUUUCCUAACAGCUUUUGUUAAAGAGGAAGCCUCUCCCAAGCCAUGGUGACCGACCUUCCCUAGGGUGGGCGAGGCCCAAAGCUUAGCCUCCCUGUUGCUGGUUCUUACUCUUGAUGCCAGUAGUCCCCAUCCCUCAAGAUAUCCUCUGCCAUGCACUCCCCAGGUGCCUUUCCUCACUUCAGGAGUGUACCUGGUCGAUUUCAAGGAGCUGGGCAUUAGCAUCUGGACACUCAAUGGCCACUUUGACAAUGUCUGAUGGUGGUGGCAUUUUUCCCAACCAAUGGGCUCUAAUUCUGCGAGACAAGAACACAGACACAGCUGCCUGGGGAGAAAGAAUCUGAAAGAUAGAAAAAGUCAGAGUACAUCUUCAUUUUUCACUCGUUACAUGUUUUGAAGAGUCUGCAGACAGACACUGCAUAAAGUAACACAUGAAACUACUUGGUUUGAAUUUUUCUAGAUCAUACCACAACCUCUCCUUGGGGUUUUGUUUUUUGACAUUAAAUCAGCAAGAAAAAAUGGGACAAACUGUCUAUCAUCCAUAGAUCAGCCAGUAGCAACAUGUGCCAAUGUGGCACGUCAGUUUAAGAGUCAAGAGAACUCAGUGGUAGAAGAACGUAUUUACUGCAAAUUCCUGUCUUGAGACCUUGGGAGGAGAGUGUGGGGGAAAGAGAGAUCAGACUGUUACUGUGUCUAUGUAGAAAGAAGUAGACAUAAGAAACUCCAUUUUGUUCUGUACUAAGAAAAAUGCCACUGCCCUGAGAUGUGGUUAAUCUGUAAACCUAGCCCCAACACUGUGCCCACAGAGACAUGUGCUGUGUUGACUCAUGGUUUAAUUGAUUUAGGGCUGUGCAGGAUGUGCUUUGUUAAAAAUGUGUUUGAAGGCAGUAUGCUUGGUAAAAGUCAUCGCCAUUCUCUAAUCUCGAGUACCCAGGGACACAAUGCACUGCGGAAGGAUGCAGGGACCUCUGCCCAAGAAAGCCUGGGUAUUGUCCAAGGUUUCUCCCCACUGAGACAGCCUGAGAUAUGGCCUGGUGGGAAGGGAAAGACCUGACCAUCCCCCAGCCCGACAUCCGUAAAGGGUCUAUGCUGAGGAGGACUAGCAAAAGAGGAAGGCCUCUUUGCAGUUGAGAUAAGAGGAAGGCAUCUGUCUCCUGCUCGUCCCUGGGAAUGGAAUGUCUCGGUGUAAAACCCGAUCAUACAUUCUAUUUACUAAGAUAGGAGAGGCGGAGAGACGCAAGCGAGCCAGGCCGAGGGCCGCGGCGGCGAUGCAGCGACGCCGUCGCCCUCUGCUGCCCACCUCCCGGCUGCCCGAGGGCUGCGGGGGAGGAGGCGGUGGCAGCGAGGAGGUGGAAGUGCAGUUUUCCGCCGGGCGUUGGGGCUCAGCCGCGGCGGUUUCGGCAGCAGCGGCGACGGCCACGCGCAGCACCGAGGAGGAGGAGGAGAGGCUUGAGCGUGAGCACUUCUGGAAGAUCAUUAAUGCCUUCCGCUACUACGGCACCGGUAUGCAUGAGCGGGUGAACCGAACAGAAAGACAGUUUCGAUCACUUCCAGCUAACCAACAGAAACUACUUCUUCAGUUUCUUCUUCACUUGGACAAGAUCCGGAAAUGCAUUGAUCACAAUCAAGAAAUACUACUGACCAUUGUGAAUGAUUGCAUACAUAUGUUUGAAAAUAAAGAAUAUGGAGAUGGGAAUGGAAAGAUUAUGCCAGCAUCUACAUUUGACAUGGAUAAGUUAAAAUCCACGCUGAAACAGUUUGUGAGAGACUGGAGUGAAACUGGGAAAGCAGAAAGGGAUGCCUGUUACCAGCCAAUCAUUAAAGAAAUUUUAAAAAAUUUUCCAAAAGAGAGAUGGGAUCCUUCUAAAGUAAAUAUUCUGGUACCUGGUGCUGGACUAGGAAGACUGGCCUGGGAAAUAUCUAUGCUAGGUUAUGCUUGUCAAGGAAAUCAAUGGAGUUUUUUUAUGCUCUUUUCUUCCAACUUUGUACUCAACAGAUGUUCUGAAAUUAAUAAAUAUAAACUUUAUCCUUGGAUCCAUCAGUUUAGCAAUAACCGGAGAUCAGCUGAUCAGAUUCGACCCAUCUUUUUCCCUGAUGUUGACCCCCACAGUCUUCCUCCUGGUUCUAACUUUUCUAUGACAGCAGGAGAUUUUCAAGAGAUUUAUUCAGAAUGCAAUACCUGGGACUGUAUUGCUACCUGUUUCUUCAUAGACACAGCUCACAAUGUAAUUGAUUAUAUUGAUACAAUAUGGAAAAUACUCAAGCCAGGUGGAAUUUGGAUAAAUCUAGGUCCUCUGCUGUACCACUUUGAAAAUCUGGCAAAUGAACUUUCCAUAGAAUUGAGCUAUGAGGAUAUAAAAAACGUUGUUCUGCAGUAUGGAUUCAAGGUAGAGGUGGAAAAAGAAUCUGUAUUGUCAACAUAUACUGUGAAUGAUCUCUCUAUGAUGAAAUACUACUAUGAAUGUGUCUUGUUUGUGGUCCGUAAGCCACAAUAAUGGUCUCAAGUGAUACCACCUGGAAAAAAGUUUAGUAAGAACAAAUGCUGAAAUCAACGACUCAAAAUCAACUAUCAGUGAUGACAGGACACAACCUCAAAUCAGUGGUGCCUUCUUAUUCCUAACGAAAUUUAGCACAAGUAAAAAUGGAGGAAAUGUCUUGAAGUAUACUUUUUCCUUGAAGCCCAGAAUUGUGUUUCAGUAGGAAAAAAAAUCCCUGAUCUCCAGUGUCUUCAUGAUGCUGUCCAUUGCAAGUCUGCUGAAUUAAUGACUAAUAGUAUUGAAGUCCAUAAUAAUCUUCCUUUUUUUGUUGUUUUGUAUGCAUUGCACAUGUAACUUUUAGAAGAGUCUAAGGAUCCUCAGUCAUAUUCAACAUCUGGAGUUGGGACUUUGUUCACUUUCAAUCUAAGAAAACUAUGCGUAAAAUGUGUCUUUUUUUUUUUUUUUUU